CUUCUCGACUGUCAGCUUGCACCGGAAUCGGCUCUGAUAUCAGAAAAGAAAAUAACACCCAAAACCAGCACCGCCCAGUUACAAAGCAGCCAUCCAAAACAGCGCACAAAAUAGCACACCACCAAAAUAGCACACCACCAAAAUAGCCAGAAUCCAUAUUCCUGCGAGCCAUGGCGUCCCCGGUCCGCAAUGUCGCCUCCAGAUAUUUGGACUCCUUGCCCGAAUCCAGCCCCGCCAGGGCCCCUUUGGCCCAGGCCAACAACUUCAACAUCAGACCCGCCAAAAAAGGAAAGGCCCAUAAGCUCGACUCGCCCGACUUGGACGAUUUGGCCCGCCAAAUGAACAUCGACACCCCGGCCAAAACAGCCGGUUUUCCCCGGGCUCGGCUCGACACGCCGUCAGCCACUGUGUCUUCGUUCCAAACGUCGCCCUCGCCACGGCUCGGCACGCCCACGGCCGGCAGGACAGAACCACGCAAAUUGGCCGACUUGAACGUGCCCAUCGAGCCUCUUUCGGCAAGCAAAACAAGAACCCUGGCGGACUCCAAGGCGUACGAGUAUCUCUGCCGGAUCCAGGCCAUCAAGAACUGGCUCCAGGCCGUGCUUGGCGAGCCUAUCCCGCAAACUGCGCCGCAACUCAUCUCGCAUAUCCAGAACGGCAUUUACUUGGCCAAGCUCGCCAACAUCUUGUUGCCCGGGAAGAAACCAGUGUACACACAGGACGCCCGAUUGGAGUUCCGCCACACCGAGAACAUCAACCGCUUCUUCAGGUUACUCAAGUACUUGGACAUUCCUGAUGUGUUUCACUUCGAGCUCACGGACCUCUACGAUGCCAAGGACGUGCCCAAGGUGUGGUUCUGUCUCCAUGCCAUCAGCUACAAGAUCAACACGCUCAACCCGGCGUACCCGCCCAUGGAAAACUUGGUGGGCGCUCUCGACUUUGACGCGGCCGAAAUCAGGGCUGCCAGCAGGUCGUUGUUGGGCCACCAAUUGCCCAACUUCUCAAGUGCAGACAACGUCAACGUGGGCUCGCCAGGCACAAGCUCCUAUAUGAACAAAGCGUUGUCCGUGUCUCCAACCAAGCUGCCCAAACCAGCGUCUCGAGCGGCGUCUCCUGGGGCCAAGCCCAGGCUGCCGGAGACCGAAAACCCAUUUCUAGAGCCCGCCUCUAUCAUCCCCGACCCUGCCAGUAAGUUCAGCUUGGGUGGCAUGAGAAUCCCCGACUUGACCGUCAAAAGCAUCGACUCAAAGCCUGCCCUCACCGCGUCUCCAAAGUCAAGCAUGCCUACCCUGCUAUCCUCCGUGGGCCAACUGAGCCAAUACUAUACCCCCGAGCUUGACUUGCACAUGACCAACAUAUUGAAGCUCCAGGCUCUUUGCAAAGGCUCCAUCCUCCGCUACCACAUGUUUGUUCGGAAGAUCAUGGUGAAGUCCUAUGACACAGAGCUUACCACCUUCUUCUCCAUCAUUCGGGGAAACAUGGUGAGGUCGAAGACAGUCCAUCGUCAUCGAGGCGAUCUUCUCGCGUACGAAAACGACAUUUCACGCCUUCAAGCCAUCGCCCGACUGCGGAUGGCUCAAAAGCGGCUGAAUACUGUGAUCGACUGUGCUGGUGGUGAUUCCGUCAGACACUUGCACCACAUCGCUCGAGGGUUUCUCGUUAGACACGAUAUAAGGGAAAAAAUUCACACGCUACUCAGGUACGAGGAGCAAAUCACGGGCCUUCAAUGCCGGAUUCGGGCAAGGCCCAUUUACGACAGGGCCUCAACGUUCCUGCAACAUCGAUCUUUGAUUGAGCCCAGCAUAGUACAGGUGCAAUCUUUGGCUCGCCGAUCUUUAUUCAUUCGCCUGCAGAACGAAAGCGUCACUUCACACUUGAAACAUGAUGACGCAAUCAUUGAGCUCCAAGGGCUUGCUAGAGGGGCUUUUGUGAGAAGCAAAGUCGCAAAAUGCUUAGGGGUAUUGAGCGAGCAGAUUUGCUCGUUGGGUGAGCUUCAAAGCAUUGCCAGAGGGGCUAUAACAAGAACCCGAUUAUGCAACAAUGUCUUGAUUACUCUCAUUGGAGAAGAUGUGAAGAUGAGCGAGCUCUUUGCAAAAGCAAGAGGAAAUGCCGUGCGUGAAGAUAUUCGCCACAAGAAAUUUGUUCUUCAAAUAAAAGAGGAAGAUAAGAUCGUAUCUCUCCAGUCUGGGUUCAGGGGGAUCUUGGCGAGAUUCAAUCAGUCUGUGGAUAUGGAGGAUAUCUACGACAAUGUGGACUCCAUCAUUCGUCUCCAAACUACAAUCAGAGGAAAGAUUGUGAGGUUGAAAAGGGCGUCCUUUGAUCACUAUUAUGCGAUCCAUGCAGACAAAGUCGUAAAAGCCCAGGCUAUACUAAGAAGCAAGUACACCAAAGAUGCGUAUAAGGCCUUCAUCAUGAUGAAAAAUCCUCCCCUAGGUGUGGUGAGGAAGUUUGCCUAUCUUCUCUCGGAUAGCGGAACGGAUUUCGAAGAAGAAAUUGAGUUGACUAGGCUCAAGGACGAAAUCCUUGAGAGGUCAAAAGGCAACGAAGACCUCGAAGCGCAGAUUGAGAACUUGGACAUCAAACUAAGCUUGUUGGACAAAAACAAGAUCAGCAUUGAGGAGUUCAUGAAGCACAACAAGAACUUCAAAACUUACAAGCCUCUCGUCCACAAUGCUGGGGCACGGAAAAAUCUCGACAAACUCAAGAAAUCCGUGCGAAAAAGAAUUGAGCUCUACCUGUCUAUGUUCUAUUUCUUGCAAACCAAUCCCGCAUAUUGGAGUAGGUUUUAUGAGACCAUGUCCCCCUCUGAUUUUAACGAACUGUUGAAGAAUGUUCAUUCGCUAGUGGCUCAGUUGUUCUCGCUUCCUCGAAUUACUGUCAAUUCUCAUUCCCGAGAAGAGUUCUUCUUUGUCAAAUUGGUGAGUGCCUUGAUGAAGACUGAUAUCGAAAGAGACUCGCGAAAUGUGGCCGACAUCACCAAAAUCAAGUCGACUUUUUGGAUCUCAUUUUUGUUAGACUUCAACAAUCAGACAAGCCAGAGGACACACUUGAAGAGACAAUUUGGAAAAGCUGUGGAAAAGAUUCUCGAUGACGAUGAAACCACAUUCGAACCAAACCCUUCAAAGAUCCAUGAGCUCAUCCGGGCUCGUGAAAUUAAUGUGUACGGAAAGAGUGAAAAACCUCGUGAGGUGUCGCCGCAAAUAGCCAUUCAAAACCAUGAGGUGUCAUCCCAGUUCGUGAAAAACUUGACCGACUUACGAGACGCCACCAGUGACUUCAUGGACAUCUUGAGACGCGGUAUUCCUAGUCUUCCAAUCCACAUGAGGGUCUUGGCAAAGACCGCAUACAAGCUCUCACGAGCGCAAUUUCCGGAGCAUAACGAACAGCAGUACUUGUCAGUGGCUGGUGUCGUGAUCAUCAAACAUUACAUUUCCAACAUAAUGCAAUGCCCUGCAAACUUUGGGUAUUCUACCAGAGAUCCCAUCUCCUCUGCUGGAAUAUAUCCAGAAAAGGGCUGCGACAACCUCAAGUAUUUGAGCAGGGUCUUGUUGCAGGUCUUUUCGAUGAAAGCAUUCAGUGAUAAUUUCAUGAAGCCGCUCAACGACUUUGUUCUUUCCUAUGUGGACAGCACAAUGGCUCUCAUUAGAGAAAUCAUUGAUGUGAGAGACUUAGAGGUGGAGUAUGAAAUGAACGACUACGACGAUCUUGUUGUGCACGAUCGGCCGCAGUUGACUAUGAAAGUUAGUGACAUGAUCGCCAUUGAAAAAUUGGUUUCUCGCCACCUAGACAUUGUUGUUCCUGGACUUGAUGACCAGUUGUAUGCCAUCUUAAGUGAGCUUAAUGACUUAGUGGAUUCUGCCGAUGACUUCGUGACCCUAACUGAGAUGGGUGACUUCACAUUAACGUUAUCGCCAGCUUCACAGGAGGCAUCCAUGGCAGACUCUAAAAUCAAAAAUCUUAUGGCACAAGCUAAGCGUUGUCUUCUCUACAUCAUCAGGGUGCAAGACGGCGACGACUUACUUGAGCUCUUCGUGCGGGGAAUCAAACCAAACCACGAAACAAAAUUCAGGCAAAUCAUUGACACUGAAAUCAGUGAGGCCUCUGAGGCUGGGCGAGGCUCAAGGGGUAACUCUUUCCCAUAUAGCAGGUCACCAUUAGGUGACUUGUCGAGUGUGAAUUAUGUCACUCUUAAGAAGAUGGCUUUGAAAGUGAUCCUUCAGCUAGAGAGUUUAAAAGUCGUUACAAGGAAGAACUCCUUUCAGGAGCUUCUCAACCAAGUUGUGCUAGACAUCAAGACAAAAGAUUCCCGGAGAAAGUCUCGAAAAACACAACUUCUCGUUGCAAGCCAGACGGUCUCAAAGCUUCUUGAAAAAGAGGUUUUUCUCAGAAAGCAGCUCAAUGAUUACAUCAAGCAUAUUGACAAGGUUCUCUUGGAUUUGCAACGGAGGCCCAAAGAUAAGAAGAUAUUCAAUAUCAUUCCUGUCUUUAGCAAGCAGUACUUCUACCACAGACAGCUAAAGAAGAACAACAGAUUACCCAAGUUUGGGUCUUACAAAUAUUCGGCUAAAAAGCUCAUGGAUCAAGGCGUGGUGAACAACAUUGGGGGCACUUUGUAUAAGCGGACUGCGAGCUCUUCGAAAGUUGAGUUUAUGUUCAGUUGUCACAAGGCCGGUGUAUUUGUAAUCGAGGCGGCCAAUGGUACAGUCAAUAUUCCUGGUGCUUGCAACACAAUCACUUUGGACAAAGUUUUGGACCACCAGUAUGAGCACAAGCAACUAUGGGUCAUGUUUGACGGAAUGGUGACCUUCGACACAGAAAACCUUGCUACGCUCAUCUUCAAGCAUUUUUAUGAUAUUAAAAACGAAUAGAUAACCGAAUAUACGGCAUGAGGGCUCCUCAA